CGUUAGCAGGGAUUAGUCUUGCGUAAAUGCAAAUGUAUGCGUUUCAAGCGUCUUUUUAACUUAGAGACCGUGAGAGAGAGGAAAGAGAGCGAGGGGGAAAAGAGGUGUGUCUAGAAGCUUUGGCAUGGGCUGGGAGGUCACCAUGUUUUAGUACAUGAUUGGACUCCUAUAAGAUUUUGUGAAGGAUUGUGUUUUAAUGCAUGCGGUGAAUGCAGCAUGCAAAUAACCACUUCUAGUCGCAGAUCUGCAUGCUCAGGGCCUCCAGGCCGAGGACGGAUCACCGGGUUACGCGUGUGUGUGAGCAGCGGGGGUUAGGUGCUCUGCGACCCCGGCUCAAACUCUUCUCUGCAGCCAGCUGGAAUGGCAUGAGGCGGUGUAGGCUGGCUGUAAACACCCUGAAAGAUGAUGACAGUGGAGAUCACGACCAGGACAACUGCUCACCGAAAGAUGGGGAGAAGGAAAAAAAUGACGAAGAGGAGAAGGACUCAAACACUACCAAGAGAAAGGCGGUGGUCCCAGGAGCUGGUGAGCACCCUCUUCAGUACAACUACACGUUCUGGUAUUCUCGUCGCACACCAGGACGACCAGCGAGCACACAGAGCUACGAACAGAACAUUAAACAGAUCGGCAGCUUUGCUUCGGUGGAGCAGUUCUGGCGUUUUUAUAGUCACAUGAUCCGACCGGAUGAUCUGACUGGUCACAGCGAUUUCCACCUGUUUAAGGAAGGAAUCAAACCCAUGUGGGAGGAUGAUGCUAAUAAGAGCGGAGGUAAAUGGAUCAUUCGGCUUCGUAAAGGCCUGGCGUCACGCUGCUGGGAAAAUCUGAUCUUGGCCAUGCUAGGCGAGCAGUUCAUGGUGGGCGAGGAGAUCUGUGGGGCCGUUGUGUCCGUUCGCUUCCAGGAGGAUAUCAUUUCUAUCUGGAAUAAGACCGCAAGUGAUCAGGCCACCACUGCUCGCAUUAGAGACACCUUACGCAGAGUUCUCAACCUGCCGCCCAAUACCAUUAUGGAGUAUAAAACACACACUGAUAGCAUCAAAGCUUGGGAGGAUUUCCAUGGUCUAGUGAACGCAAGUGGAGGCCGCUAGUUUUUCAUCUGAAGUGUGUGUGACAGGUAUAAACUCUUGACUGACACAUUGCCAAGUUAAUUUUACCACCGAAGAGGACGUUUCCGAGGAAUUUACCAGUUUUUAAAAGAAAAACGAUCGGGACGCCAUGAAAAGUGUCAGCAUGACAAAUGUUUACUAUUGAAGAUCAUCUGUUUUUACAAUCAUCCAAACCCCACAUCACCUGAAAACUCAGAGAAGAAGAAGAAGGAGGAACCAAUUCAUCAACAUAUGAACGAAUGUUUUCCAGUCAGUCAUUAUUUGGUGGAGCUCUCAGAGGGACACAGCGGGACCACGUAGUUCAGCCACUGUGACGUGAACUAAUGGCUGGGAACUGCCACAACAACACGCCCUUGUGUAGUACAGUCACAUUAACUGAAUUAUCAUCUGAAUAACACCGUCUCAUAAAGAUGGUCUGAGAGGAAGACAGGUUACAUUUAGGUCACAAUAUUUACCAAUGAGGUUGCAGGAUGAUGAGGAUAUUUUACUAUAGUGCAGUAUUUUAGCUACAGUGUUGAGUUGUUUUAAAAUAGAACUGUUGUACAAAAAAAAAAUUAUAUUUCUAAAUGUAUUUGGAGAGCUCUAUAAUGGCUAACUUUUUAUUUCUCCUGAGCUUAGAGAGUGUUAACCCAAAAGACAGUGCCCUAUCAGGGAUGGGUACCACGCUGCCUGAUUCACUGUGCCUCCGGCAAAAUCACUGAUUUUCAAGAUCGCUCAACAUCCUGGCACUCCGCUGGAGGAGACCACACUGGAGAUGCGACUCUUGGGUCUCCAAGCCCUGUUUUAGAAAUGACUCGGAUGUUAUUCAGACAUGCUAACUAACAAACACUGAUCUGUUCAUGGAGGCUGUGUAUCAAAACCUCCCUUGAAUUUCAGUGCUGGACAGUUGUUUUUGAGGUACAUAAAAAAAAAGUGGAAAGGUUUUUAAUUAUGAUUGAUCAUAGCAAUAAAUGUUGAUUAUGCAUCUGCUGCUAAUUUUCA